CUGCGCACCGUUGUUUUGUAUUAGUUUUGUACAUGGAGGUUUUGUAUUCCGCACGUGUCUUUUGGCGCCCGAUUUGGUGACGGUCACGAACUUCAUUUGGUCCGAUUUUGGUGUGCCGUGUUUUUCUGCUGUCUCCUAGACUAAUGCCCCCUACCUCCUGUGGCAAAUCACAUGCCAUUGAGACAUUCCAGCUGUCAAGCAACUGCAGAUGGUGCAGUCAUACCAAGGAUAACUCCUGUGCCUGAGACAGAUGAACGUGAUCUGAAGCAGGCACCACAGUCCAUAGAAGCCAGCAUCCAUUUGAAUGCCAUUUCUGCCUUUGGAGCUUCUCAAAAACUUUCAAGCUGAAGCAACCCUGCAAACCACACAGGCAAGAGGCCAUUUGAGUGCCCUUUAUGCCCUCAGAGCUUUGCACAAAAGGUUAAUCUGAAGCAACACCUGCGCAUCUACACAGGGGAGAUGCGAUUUUAUUGUUCAUUAUGCCCUUGGAGCUUCUCUAGAAAGUCGACACUGAAAACUCACGUACUCACCCACACAGGCGAGAAGCCAUUUCAUUGCCCUUCAUGCCCUCAGAGCUUCUCACAAAACAGUCAUCUGAACCAACACCUGCGAACCCACACAGGAGAGAGGCCAUUUCAGUGCCCUUCAUGUCCUCAGAGCUACUCGAGCAAGUCUACUCUGACGAGUCAUUUGCGCACCCACACAGGCGAGAGGCCAUUUCAAUGCCCUUCAUGCCCUCGGUGCUUCUCGGACAAGUCUGCACUGAACAAUCACAUGCGCACCCACACAGGCGAGAGGCCAUUUCAGUGCCCUUCAUGCCCUCAGAGCUGUUGGAGCAAGUCUACUCUGACGAGUCAUUUGCGCACCCACACAGGCGAGAGGCCAUUUCAGUGCCCUUCAUGCCCUAAGAGCUUCACACAAAGGGGUAAUUUUAACCGACACCUGCGCACUCACACAGGCGAGAGGGCAUUUCAAUGCCCUUCAUGCCCUCGGUGCUUCUCGGACAAGUCUGCACUGAAGAAUCAUGUGCGCACCCACACAGGCGAGAGGCCAUUUCAGUGCCCUUCAUGCCCUCAGAGCUGCUCGACCAAAUCUACUCUGAUGAAUCACUUGCGCACCCACACAGGCGAAAGGCCAUUUCAGUGCCCUUCAUGCCCUAAGAGCUUCACACAAAGGAGUAAUAUUGACCAACACCUGCGCACUCACACAGGCGAGAAGCCAUUUCAAUGCCCUUCAUGCCCUCGGAGCUUCUCGGCGAAGUCUACACUGAAGAAGCACGUGCACACCCACACAGGCGAGAGACCAUUUCAGUGCCCUUCAUGCCCUCAGAGCUACUCGAACAAGUCUGCUCUGACGAAUCACUUGCGCACCCACACAGGCGAAAGGCCAUUUCAGUGCCCUUUAUGCCCUAAGAGCUUCACACAAAGGAGUAGUGUUGACCAACACCUGCGCACUCACACAGGCGAGAAGCCAUUUCCGUGCCCUUCAUGCCCUCGGAGCUUCUCGGACAAGUGUACACUGAGGAAUCACGUGCGCACCCACACAGGCGAGAGGCCAUUUCAGUGCCCUGGAUGCCCUGACAGCUUCUCACAAAAGGGUAAUCUGAACCGACACCUGUACACCCACACAGGCGAGAGGCCAUUUCAGUGCCCUUCAUGCCCUCAGAGCUGCUCGAGCAAGUCUGCUCUGACGAAUCACUUGCGCACCCACACAGGCGAGAGGCCAUUUCAGUGCCCUUCAUGCCCUAAGAGCUUCACACAAAGGGGUAAUAUUGACCAACACCUGCGCACUCACACAGGCGAGAAGCCAUUUCAAUGCCCUUCAUGCCCUCGGAGCUUCUCGGCCAAGUCUACACUGAAGAAUCACAUGUGCACCCACACAGGCGAGAGGCCAUUUCAGUGCCCUUCAUGCCCUAAGAGCUUCACACAAAGGAGUAAUGUUGACCAACACCUGCGCACUCACACAGGCGAGAGGCCAUUUCAAUGCCCUUCAUGCCCUCGGAGCUUCUCGGACAAGUCUACACUGAAGAAUCACAUGCGCACCCACACAGGCGAGAGGCCAUUUCCGUGCCCUUCAUGCCCUCGGAGCUUCUCGUACAAGUCUACACUGAGGAAUCACGUGCGCUCCCACACAGGCGAAAGGCCAUUUCAGUGCUCUGCAUGCCUUCGCAGCUUCUCACAAAAGGGUCAUCUGAACCGACACCUGCGCACCCACACAGGCGAGAGGCCAUUUCAGUGCCCUUCAUGCCCUCAGAGCUGCGCAGACAAGUCUACACUGAGGAAGCACGUGCGCACCCACACAGGCGAGAGACCAUUUCAGUGCCCUGCAUGUCCUCAGAGGUUCUCACAAAAGAGUAAUCUGAGCCAACACCUGCACACCCACACAAGCGGUAAGAGGCCAUUUCAGUGCCCUUCAUGCUCUCAGAGCUGCUCGGACAAGUCUACACUGAAGAAGCACGUGCGCACCCACACAGGCGAGCGACCAUUUCAGUGCCCUGCAUGCCCUAAGAGCUUCUCUCAAAAGAGUAAUCUGAACCGACACCUGUGCACCCACACAGGCUAGAGACCAUUGCAGUGCUCUUCAUGCCCUCAAAGCUUCUCGAACAAGUCUGAAGAAUCGUGCGCGCCCACACAGGCAAGAGGCCAUUUGAGUGCCCUUCAUGUCCUCGGAGCUUCGUAGACAAGUGCACACUCAAGAAUCACGUGCGCAUCCACACAGGCGAGAGGCCAUUUCAGUGCCCUUGGGGAUUCUCAGACAAGUCCACACUGAAGCAGCACGUGCAUAUCCACACCGGCGAGAGGCCAUUUCAUUGCCCUGCAUGCUCUCAGAGCUUCCCACAAAUGAGUAUUUUGAACCAAUACCUGCGCACCCACACAGGCGAUUUACCACUUCAGUGCCCUUCAUGCCUUCGAAGCUUCUCGCAACUGUCUGCACUAAAGGAUCACCUGCAUACAGGAUCACCCACAUACCGAAUUUGAGAUGUUCCAAACAAGGUUGUUUGUUCAGCGUCUGCAAGAAUGUCAAAGAAGGUUGCAUAUUUUAUCACCUGCAUAAAGGAUCACCCACAUACUGAAUUUGUGGUUUUCCAAACAAGGUUGUUUGUUCAGCGUCAGCAAGAAAGUCAAAGAAGGUUGCAUAUUUUAUUUGAGUGUCUACCAAAUUCAUGAUAACCUAACAAAAAGUACAGUUCUGGAGCACCACACAGAAGCAUGAUGCUUUUGCUCUUCUUUCUGCUAAAACGUGGUGCUGUACCCUAAUUCGGACUUGCUAAGGCACAAACUGGCACAGCACUAAAUACAUUGCAUUUGAAUGUAUGCAGCCUGGAGAAUAUGCAUAUAACUUGGCGUUGAACUGAAGGAAAAUCUUACUGGACAAACCUGUGCGCGCUGGAUGCUACUCUGAAGUCUCUGAGGAAUCCAUGGCGUUUUUUAGUGAGAGAUCCUGUGCGAUGUGGGCACUACCAACCUUGCGCAGCCGCAGGAUGAUCUAGUGGUCAUGACUCUUUGCUGUAUGCUUUUGAUGCUCUAAAUUAAAUUCAUUGGGAUGA